AUGGAAUACGAAGCGAAGGGAUAUGCUCAUCGCAUUACGCCGGAAGAGCAGAGCUCUACGGAUCCCAGUAAAGUCUGGUACUUACCCUUGGGAGUGGUCCAGAACCCAAAGAAACCGAAUAAGUUGCGGUUAAUAUGGGACGCCAAAGCACGAGUAGGAGGAACAUCGUUUAACGACAUGCUGCUAAAAGGUCCGGACCUCCUUGUAUCUCUGAUGGAGGUAUGGUUGCGCUUCAGACAGGGGAACAUUGCGGUGGUAGGUGAUAUUAAGGAAAUGUUCCACCAGAUCCGGAUACGGGAUGAUGAUAAACAGGCCCAGAGAUUCAUAUUUCGACAAAGUCCAGAGAUAGAACCCCAGGAGUAUGUUAUGGACGUAGCAACCUUCGGGGCAUCGUGCUCGCCAAGUCUGGCACAAUUUAUAAAAAACAAGAACGCAUCGGAGUUUGCUGGAGCCUUUUCGAGGGCGGCGAAAGCUAUAACGCAAAACCACUAUGUGGAUGAUCUUCUAGAUAGCGUAGACACCGAAGAGGAGGCCAUCCAGCUAGUCAACGAAGUAAAGCACAUACAUCUUCAAGCAGGAUUCGAGAUUCGCAACUUCUGUUCCAAUUCAGUCGGAGUCCUGGCGAGCAUUGGAGAACCGGUAGCGCGUCGACAAAUAUCCAUGAACCUGGAAAAAUCCCCAGAAUCAGAGCGAGUCCUUGGAUUGAUCUGGAAGCCAACGGAGGAUGUUUUCACGUUCGACAUAAACAGUAUGAAGGAGGAGAUAAAGACGCUGAUUCACAGCGGAGCUACACCUAGUAAACGGCAAGUUCUACAAACGGUAAUGUCCUUGUUCGACCCACUGGGGCUGAUAGCGCACCUCGUUGUCCAUGGGAAAAUACUCAUGCAACAGAUUUGGAGAACCAGAACGGAAUGGGACGAGCUCAUUGCGGAAGAAUUGUGGGACGAUUGGAGACUGUGGUGUCAGUGCCUGCAGCGUUUGGACGAAGUGAAGGUACCUCGUUGCUUCUUCAAAGGGGUAGGCAUUACUACACUCAAAGAUGCGGAAGCCCACCUGUUCGUAGAUGCUAGUGAGAUGGCUUGUGCAUCGGUUCUGUAUCUUCGCUUCAUGGACAACGGUAAACCCAGAUGUGUCCUAGUAGCCGCGAAAACGAAGGUCGCCCCGCUGAAACCACUUUCCAUCCCGCGUCUUGAACUUCAAGCGGCAAUGAUCGGAACAAGGUUGAUGGAUUCCGUUCUAAACGCUCUAGAUAUUCAAAUUACCAAGCGCUUCUUGUGGACUGAUUCGACAACGGUCCUCUGCUGGUUGCGAUCUGAUAGUCGGCGCUACCAUCAAUUCGUUGCCUUCCGGGUAGGAGAAAUCCUCACCUUAAGCAGUGUUGAUGAGUGGCAUUACGUGCCAUCGAAGAAGAACGUCGCUGAUGUCGCCACAAAAUGGAAAGAUGGACCAAGCUUCGAUCCGAACCAUCCGUGGUACAAUGCUCCGGAAUUCCUAUACCAAGCGCAGGAUCAGUGGCCGUCGGAACCGCUCCAGAGUCAGGCGGAAACGGAAACCGAACUACGUGCCGUGUUUCUCUUCCACGGUACGGUGCCUUAUGAGCUAUUGGAAAUGUCUAGGUUUUCGAAGUGGAACCGUCUGUUGAGAGCUACAGCCUACGUUCUACGAGCCGUGCGGAGAUUCAAGGGAGAAAAACCUGUUAAACCAGAUCAUCUAACACAGGGCGAGCUGUACAAUGCAGAAAACCUAAUAUGGAGACAAGUGCAAGCUGGGACGUACCCGGAUGAGUACGCAAUCCUACGGCGUAAUUUAGCGAAUCCCGCAAGUCCGUCUCAAAUCCCGAAGAACAGUCCACUAUACCGCCUUUCGGUAUUCCUAGACGAGCGAGGCGUCGUCCGAAUGAAUAGUAGAAUCUCCACCGCGCCUUCUGUGCCGUAUGACAUGCAGUUCCCAAUUGUGCUACCAAGGAAGCACCCGGCAAUACGUCUUCUAACAGAGGACUACCAUCGCAGGUUUCUCCACAGUAAUGGCGAAACAGUUUGCAACGAAAUGCGUCAACGAUUCCUUGUGCCAGGAUUACGUAUUCUGAUUCGUCAGGUGGCGAAGCAAUGUGUGACUUGCCGUGUUAGAAAAGCUGUACCAGCACCGCCUAUGAUGUCAGCUCUACCAAAAGUCCGCGUAACAGGGAUGGUCAGACCAUUCACCCACACUGGCGUGGACUAUCUGGGACCAAUACAGAUCAAACAGGGGCGCAGUUUAGUGAAAAGGUGGGUUGCAUUAUUCACCUGUCUCGCGAUUCGGGCUGUGCACCUGGAGGUAGUGCAUAGUCUGUCUACGCAGUCGUGCGUGAUGGCUAUCAGGCGCUUCGUGGCUCGACGUGGUUCCCCGGAAACCUUUCACAGCGACAACGGGACAAACUUCGUGGGCGCGAGCAACCUAUUGGCAAACCAAGUACAGAACAUCCAUGAGGACUGCGCCGUAACUUUCACGAACGGUGAGACAAGCUGGCUGUUCAAUCCGCCAUCCACACCCCAUAUGGGUGGCUGUUGGGAGCGCAUGGUGCGCUCCGUUAAAUCCGCUAUAUCUGCCAUUGCGGAUCAUCCCCGACAUCCUUGCGAUGAGGUAUUCGAGACAGUCGUGAUUGAAGCUGAGUCGAUCAUUAACUCCAGGCCUCUGACGUACAUCCCGUUGGAGUCAGCAGAACAGGAGUCUCUCACACCUAAUCACUUUUUGCUCUUCGGUACGAAAGGCAUCACUCAACCGGGGAUACCUAUUAAGGCGGAGGAAAAUAGCUUGCGGGACAGUUGGCGUCUCGCACAGUACUUAGUGGACCACUUCUGGACUCGGUGGGUACGGGAGUACCUCCCAACUAUAACGAAGCGUACCAAAUGGUUUGAGCCGGUUAAGCCAUUGAAAACCGGUGACCUUGUACUGGUGGUUGAGGAUAGUAAGCGGAAUGGCUGGUUAAGAGGCAGGAUCGUAGACGUGAUUAAGGCAGCGGAAGGACAGGUUCGGCGAGCAGUUGUACAGACUAAAAACGGAAUGCUCAACAGACCUGCGGUAAAAUUAGCACUCCUCGAUAUUCAGUUGCCUGUAGACGGUCCGGAACUACACGGGCAGGGGGAUGUUACGAAACGGCUGGGCGGUUUCGCUCAGUGUGAGUUCGGUACCGCCCGUAACAGUCAUUCUGAUGGUACAUAA